AUGUGGGAAUACUUUAUUGCGACGGCAUUCACCGUUACCCGAGAAUCAGAACAAGUUGUAGUAAAAACCAGCAUGACAAAAAUCUCGUCAUGGGGUGGCCAAAACCCAGACCAUCAAAAUGCUCUCUACCGGGCAGACUACCUCACAGUGGCUUCCAAAUUGCCACUCAUACUACUGCAAUCCACGUCACUAAACAAACAACCCGCGUCAAAAUCCUUCAAGCUAAUGGGGACUCUGGUAUUUCCUGGACUAACUCCCCGAGACAACCAACUUAAGAUGAACCGCGAGUAG